AUGCAGGUGAUGGAGUCUCGCAGGACGACGCUCGGCGAGGACCAUCCGUGUACACUGUCGAGUAUGGGCAAUCUUGCGUGGACGUACCAGCGCCGGGGCCGGUUAGAGGAGGCUGAGAAGCUCCUUGUGCAGAUGACGGAGACUCGCAAGACGAUGCUCGGCGAGAAUCAUCCUGACACUCUCACGAGUAUAGGCAACCUUGCGUCGAUAUACCGGAGCCUGGGCCGGUGGACUGAGGCUGAGAAGCUCGAGGUGCAGGUAAUGGAGACUCACAAGUCGACAGUCGGCGAGGACCACCCUAACACCCUGAAGAGUAUGGCCGUCGUAGCAUCGAUGUAUCGAGAGCAGGGCAGGCGGGAGGAGGCCGAGAAGCUUGAGAUGCAAGUUAUGGAGACUCGCAAGACAAAGCUCGGCGAGGAUCACUCUGACACCCUGACGAGUAUGGACAACCUGGCGGUGACCCUUUCAAAGCAGGGCCGGUGGAACGACGCCGAGAAGCUCCUGAUGUGGGUGAUGGAGACUCGCAAGACAAAGCUCGGCAAGGACCACUCUGACACCCUGACGAGUAUGGGCAACCUGGCGGUGACCCUUUCAAAGCAGGGCCGGUGGAACGACGCUGAGAAGCUACUGAUGCAGGUGAUGGAGACACGCAAGACAAAGCUCGGUGAAAACCAUCCCGACACGCUGACGAGUAUGGCCACCCUAGCGUCCACAUAUCGGAGCCAGGGCCGGCUUGAGGAGGCCAACAAGCUCGAAGUGCCGAAAGUGGGGACAAGCAACCCAACAGUCGCCGAAGACCAUCUUAACAUGAUUAAAGGUGCGAGCAAUUUAUCUUUCACUUGGAAAGUACCCUGGACAAAAUACCAACGCCGCAAAUGA